UCGUAGUGACGUCAUAUCCUCAAAAGCAACUUUUCAAAGCCUACCUCACAUGAAGGUAUCAUCUAAGAAAAUAAUUACCUGAGCAUUAUUUAAAUAAUAUUACCUAACGUUUGUAUUUUUAUACGCUCUUACUCAAAUGUAGUUAUUCCUGUUCGGGAUGUAGCAAAGCACAUGUGCAACCAAAUGACAACAGCACAAGGCGGGAAACGUACUUGCAUCUUCAUUGUUGGAUAUUUGAUCUACUUUUCUAUAACACAAGUUUCAGGACAAUAUCAUUGCCAUUGUGCAGAAGGUUGUAGAGGAAAUGUUGAAGAAUACCGUUGUAACUCAUGCAAAGAAGGCUACCAUGGAUAUUACUGCCAAAUGGAAAACGUGGCUCUCAGAAAACAAGCUCAGCAUUCAGAAGAGUGUAAGAAUGUUUUAGGCAAAGCGUCUUUAGCUGUGGAUGGUGACACUACUACGGAGUUUGGUGACAAAGCCCCUCAUAGGUGCACUUGUUCAAAAGGCAAAGACAAAUUCUGGAGCGUUGACUUGGGUAAAGAGUACCCGAUUAAAAACAUAAAAAUAUACCAGAGGAAUCAAAUUCAGAAAAAAUUACUUGGAUUUCAUAUUGAAAUUGAUGGACACGAGUGUUAUCGGUGGCGAAAUACGAGCGACCCUCCAACUGUUUUUGAUGUAACCUGCGACGGUCAUGGAAGGAAAGUGACAUUCAGGAUACCUGAAGACAUUGAUGUUCUUACUUUGUGUGAAAUUCAAAUCUAUGUGUGUGCAGAUUUCUGGUAUGGUGAUGGCUGUAUGAGAACCUGCAAUUGUAGAAAUAUAUAUGAAGUCUGCGAUAAGAAGACUGGAAAGUGUACAGCUUGUCCAGAUCAUUAUACUGGAGAUGCGUGUGACGUGUGUGAAAAUGGCUAUUGGGGUGAAUAUUGUCUGAAGUGUGGUCAUUGUAUGAAUGGAUACAGCUGUGAUAAAACUACAGGACAUUGUCUGGAGUGUCAACCUGGAUGGAAAUUACCGAGGUGUUCAAAUUGUCUGGAUUACCUGUACGGUUGUAACUGUGACAAAAUCUGCAGCUGUGAAGAAGAAACUCAAGUCUGCGAUAAGGAAACAGGAGCUUGUGACGGUGAGUCAGGUGAGUCUGGUGCGUCAGUUGACGAUGGGUUCAUUGCUGCCAUCGGUGCCACAUUGUGUGUGGUGUUCGUCAUUGCAGCCGCGGCACUGGGCACGUUCUUCUGGAGAAGAAAGAAAAAGCCAGGAUCCGAAGACAAAGAUAUUUUGGUAACACACGCUGAAUGCCCAGGAUCCCAAGACGAAGAUAUGUUGGUAACAAACGCUGAAUAUUGAGGGUCCCAAGACGACGAUAUGUUGGUAACAAAUGCUGAAUGUCGAGAACCGGUGCCUUCAACGUGGUGUCGCCGUAUACUAAAACGCUGAAGGAGGCCAGUUAUUUUAAACUAUUUCAACUGUUAUUUGGCUAAAUCAUAUAAAAUUGAUACACCAUUAUCAUAACCGAAACUAAUGUACCGGAGCCUAAAUGUGCAUUAGUUCUAUAUAUAAUUGUUUUUUGUUUUUUUUGCAUUACAAAAUAUUUCAGACAAAUAUCUACCAAGAUAGUUAAAAACGAUAACAAUAAAAGUCAUAAAGACCAUAUCUCUGCACAAUGUAGAGUCGAAUAGGUAUUUGUCAAAACAGUGGUUGAUUACAUGAAUCUCUGUCUAGUGCCUCGUCUAUAGGAGGACAGCCACUCCCAAGGAGAUACUUUACUGAACAGUAUAUCCUUCCAGCACAGCCACAAUUAGGCCUCUCAAAGUAAAUCAAAACUAGUCCAGGACAAAGCUCAUUGGAAUAAAUAUAGCUUUGAUGACAUGCACUAUCAAUUCCAGCUUAUCAUGACGUUACCUAACAGAAAUUCGCUGAUGAAUGAGGCUUGUGUCCGCCACAUCACCUUGUAUAAAAACAAAAAUGUAAUUAUUUGUCGGCUAUUGUCGGAAACAAGCAAAUUAUCAAAUCUUCUUGAGACCAGCCUUUGGAAAAAAACAGUGAUCCCACAAACACACAGUGGGUACCGAGAUCAGAGAGACUGAGACAACAUACGCACGCACACGCACACACGCACACACACACAAAAGAACGAGAGGUAAGACUAUGCAAUACUUAUUGAAUAUUUCAUUCAUCUCUUUUAUUAGAAUGCAAUGCAAGACCAGAAGCGAUUUCUAUGAAUACAAGUGGUGGAUUUGCGUAAAAGGACAUUUUGUGGGAUUCAUUUAUCUAAUUAGUUAAUGUAUUUUUAUAGUUAGAACUUCAGUGAUAAGCCAUUUAUCUGAUUGCUUUAUAUAUGUUUAUGGUUAGACAUUCAGUGAUAAGCCAUUUAUCUGAUUGCUUUAUAUAUGUUUAUGGUUAGACAUUCAGUGAUAAGACACAAACUGCUAAGCAUUUGCAGCCUUUAUCGAAUUCCUUCAUGUAUUUUUAUGGUUAGAAAUUCAGUAAUAAGCCACUUAUCUACAUGUUUUAUGAAUUUUUAUGUUUGGAAAUUCAGUAAUAAGCCACUUAUCUAAACGUUUUAUGAAUUUUUAUGGUUAGAAAUUCAAUGAUAAGUCAUUAUCUCAUUGUUUCAUGCAUAUGUUUGGUUAGACAUUCAGUGGUAAGACAUUUAUCUAAAUGUUUUGUGUAUUUUUAUGGUUAGAAAUUCAGUGAUAAUCUACAAUAAUCUGCUACGCAUUAGCACCAUUUAUCUAAUAGUUUCAAAAUACCAUUAGGCCUACUAGGCCUGAGUUUGCAAUAACUUGAAGUGGGUGGGUUUUUUUUGUUUUUUGUUUUUGUUUUUUUGUUUUUUGUCUGACGCAUUAUAUAUUUGUAAUAAAUAGUUUUACUGGAA